AUGUCUUUGGGCCUUGCUGACUGGCUAAAGGCAGAAGCUCACCCGUCACCCGUCGCCUGGCCAUCUCCUGGCAUGACGGGUAAGGCAAGCGUUGUAUCCCACUGGUUCAAGGCUUGCUGGCUAAUCCUUGAUACGCAGUCCAAGCUAGUAACUUACCGCAGGAGCUGUCUCGGCAAACCGGCAAAGAUCAUGUUUAUGUCGGGUAAAGCUACCCAGAUCGACAAAGCCUGA